UUUAUGUUCAAUGGAACUGAAAACCCGAAGAAGCGGUGUCGGUUUGCCUGGCUCUUUCUCGAGUUUUGGUCUCCGGAUCCAAUUCAAAGAAGGCAAUACAACGCUGCCGUUUCUCUUGAGUUGAAGUUCGACUCAGUUUCGAGUUGGAAGCCAAAUUAAGAUCUGUAUGCUAAUAGAAGAAGGAAAAUGAAUACACAACUUUUGGAGAUUGAGCCUAAGGAGCUUGAAUUCACAUUUAUAUUGAAGAAGCCAUGCUCCUGCUCCGUCAGACUCACAAAUAACACUGACCAAAAUGUUGCUUUCAAGGUUAAAACUACAUCUCCUAAGAAGUACUGCGUCCGGCCUAGUGUUGGCAUUAUUAUGCCCAAAUCAAUAUGUGAAUUUACAGUUACCAUGCAAGCUCAGCUCGAAACUCCUCCUGAUAUGAUAUGUGGAGAUAAGUUCUUAAUUCAAAGCACAGUUGUCCCUGUUAGAACAAUUGAUGUGGACAUUACAUCUGCCACAUUUGUCAAGGACAGUGGAAGGUAUAUUGAAGAGCACAAGCUUAAAGUUGCUGUUGUCAGCCAAACUCAUUUGCCAGUAUCAUCAACAAUUAAUGGGACAACAAACCAGGGAACAGAUCAUAAUGCUUCAAUACCAAAACAGCCAGAAUUCAGUAGAGUUGGGAUUCAUGCACCAUUGCAGACGGUUGCCGAGGUUGAGGAAUCAAAAAUGAUAAAUUUGGAAGAUUUAAAGACAACAAAGGAUGUGGAGUGGAAGCCAAAGAAAGAUAUGUUAUAUGCGGAGGAUUUAAAGCCAAAUAAGGAUACAGAGCCAGAGCCAAAGCAUGAUGUUAUUAACGAGGACAUAAAAUUUAUGAAAGACACAGAGCUGAAACCAAAGAAUAAUUUUUUCAAUAGCAAGGAGUUAAAGCUGGUGAAAGAUGUGGUGUCAAAACCAAGGGAGAAUACACUUGAUACUGAGGAAUGUAACUCGGUGAAGGAAAAGGAGUUCGAUGCAUUGAACGAUGGUGAAGGGAAAACAUUGAAGCCAGUGGAGGAGCUAAAGUUUGCCAAAGAUGCGGAAGAAAUGAAAUCAAAACUGGCCAACCUUGAAUUUAAGCUAGGCGAGGCUGAAGCAACCAUUUCAAAACUGACAGAAGAGAGGAGGAUAAGCACCCGAGAACGAAAGAUUUUAGAAGACGAGCUUGCGCUAUUGAGGAAGAAGGCGAAGCUAAGUGAAGCUAAAGUGGGAAUCCCUUUUUUAUGUGUUUGUAUGGUGGCACUCAUCAGCGCCUUCAUCGGAUACCUUUUGGUAAAGAACAAGGCUUCGGUGUCGGUUCUUUACCAGUUAUAAUCAAUACGAGAUUAA